AUGGUGACGGCGGCGCUGGCUCCGAGGCCGGAUCCUGCGGGGGCAUGGGGCAGGCUGGGGGAGGCCCUGAAAUCUGCAGGGGUGGAGCUGAGGGGUCCCCCGUGCGUGGGGGAGGGGGGGCUGCAGGGAUCGGGGAUCGUUAUGACCUGGGGGGAUGCAGGGUUUGGGGGAUCCCAGCUCCAUACAGGGGGCUGCAAAGAUGGGGAUCCUGAGCGCCCCCCGCUGCACCCUGCAAAAGGACAGCCCAGGGCGCUGCACUGGGGGAAACUGAGGCAGGGCUGUCGCCCACCUCGAGGGGUCCUGUCCCCCCACCCUCGGGCCCCCCGGCCCGUCGAGCCCCGCACUGGGGGCUUCACACCCAGCCACAACCGGCCCGGGCGGGGGAUGACGGGGACAGUCUUGUCCCAACCGAGACAGCACCAGUGCUCUGGCCGUGGGCACCUCCGGCCGCCCCCAGCCAGCGUCCGAGCAGCCCCUGCCCUUCCUUCCAUGCCCUGCUAUCCCUCAAUCCCUCCCCCGGUCCAUCCCUACCUCCGACACCUGGUACCGGCCCAGACUGGGCGCUCCGGGGCAGCGGGAGAUGUGCGGGGCCGUGCCGCGCCCACGCGGGUUGUAGACACCGUGGGUGUCCACGGGCACGUUCGCGGGGGUCCGGGAUGCCGCCGGGACAGCCCGGGACAACGCGGGCUCGAGCAGCUGGAGGAGGCUGUAGCCCCGUCCCACCGGGCACGGACUAGGACGGAACAGGGUUCCGUGGGCUCCGGAGGGGCGCCCACGCAGCCUCGACGGUCCACGUCCCGGGGGACUGCAUGUCCUGUCCCCCAGAAAGCCGGUGAGGCGGGAGGUGCUGGGGACCCCCCAGCUAGUGGUCACCAUCCCCACCUGUGCCACAGGGGCAUCAUCAACGUGGCCUCGUCCACCAACCUGCUGACCGACUCCAAGAACGUGCAGCUGGUGCUGGACCCCAGCCUGCAGCUGCUGAGCCGAAAGCAGCGCAAGCUGAUCCGGCAGAACCCCGGCAUCCUGCACAGCGUCAGCUCCGGCCUCCAGACAGCCAUCAAGGAGUGCAAGUGGCAGUUCCGCAACCGCCGCUGGAACUGUCCCACCUCCCAGGGCCCCAACAUCUUCGGCAAAAUUGUCAACCGGGGCUGCCGGGAGACAGCAUUCAUCUUUGCCAUCACCAGUGCUGGCGUGACACACUCGGUGGCCCGGUCGUGCUCGGAGGGGUCCAUCGAGUCCUGCACCUGUGACUACCGGCGCCGAGGCCCUGGGGGGCCUGACUGGCACUGGGGGGGCUGCAGUGACAACAUCGACUUUGGUCGCCUCUUUGGGAGGGAGUUUGUGGACUCCAGUGAGAAGGGCCGAGACCUGCGUUUCCUCAUGAACCUGCACAACAACGAGGCCGGGCGCAUGACGGUCUUCUCAGAGAUGCGCCAGGAGUGCAAGUGCCACGGCAUGUCCGGCUCCUGCACCGUCCGCACCUGCUGGAUGCGGCUGCCCACCUUCCGCGCCGUGGGCGACGUCCUCAAGGAUCGCUUCGACGGCGCUUCCCGCGUCAUCUACGGCAACAAGGGCAGCAACCGGGCAUCGCGGGUGGAGCUGCAUCACCUGGAGCCCGAGAACCCGGCCCACAAGCCCCCCUCUCCCCACGACCUCGUCUACUUCGAGAAAUCCCCCAAUUUCUGCACUUACAGCGGGAAGAUGGGCACGGCAGGGACGGCCGGGAGGUUCUGCAACAGCUCCUCGCCGGGGCUGGACGGCUGCGAGCUGCUGUGCUGCGGGCGCGGGUACCGCACGCGCACCCAGCGCGUCACCGAGCGCUGCAACUGCACCUUCCACUGGUGCUGCCACGUCAGCUGCCUCAACUGCACCAACACCCAGGUGCUGCACGAGUGCCUGUGA